AAUCUAUUACCUUAGAUAUCACAAUCAUGAUGACUAUGUGGUCGGUGUUGUUGUUAGUAUUGGCGGUAAACAAUGCUUUGGCAGAUUUCAACUUUGGGAAGGAAUGUCCGUCUGGAGUGACUAUUCAUGGUAAGAAUGCCGAAAAAGUGGUAGAACUUCUCUCCAAUGAUUGUAAAAAAGAUAAGGAUUGUGAUUGCGAAGAUUCAGAGGAAGAACAACAUGGAACAUGUACAAUCAAGAAACCAUUUGACUGUAGUGACUUGGACAAAUCAACAUGUAAAAGUGGAAUAUACAAGAUUUAUCCUGGCAGGACUUCCGGUUUCAAAGUUUUCUGUGAAAUGGAGAAGAAUGGUGGUGGUUGGACGGUGAUUCAGCGAAGAAUGAAUGGCCACAUCAAUUUCUUUCGAGACUGGGACUCGUAUAAACGGGGAUUUGGUAACAUGAAAGGAGAACACUGGUUAGGAAAUGAACACUUGCAUCAGCUGACCUCACAAGGAAAUUACAUGCUCAGGAUUGACAUGUCAGACUUUGGUAACAGUAGAAGACAUGCUGUUUAUAGCAAAUUCUCAGUCGGAAGUGAAAGUUCAGGAUAUAAAUUAGACAUCAAUGGAUAUUCCGGAGAUGCAGGUGAUUCUAUGAAGAGGUCCCAAAAUGGGAACAGAUUUUCAACGAUGGAUAAAGACCAAGACAUAUCUGGCGAGAACUGUGCUGAGAAGUAUAAGGGUGGGUGGUGGUAUGGUGCAUGCCACUCGAGCAAUUUGAAUGGCCUCUACCAUAAAGGAAGCCACAAAUCGUUUGCUGAUGGUAUAAACUGGGAUCAUUGGAAGGGUUAUUACUACUCACUAAAGACAACAACCAUGAUGAUCCGAAGGUCAUAAGAUGAUCCGAAGGUCAUAAGAUGAUCCGGUUUAUAAGAUGAUCCGAAAACCUAGAUUGA